GUUGUCAUUAUCCAAAGUCAAAAAGAAUCAUUUCCUGAGUAUGAAAUGCUUUCUGGUAAUCGUAAAUUGCCAAAUAAAAGCGCCCUUAUUAAAUUUAAUGUAUUUCUUGAUGAUAAUAAAAUAAUGCGUGUUGGAGGACGCUUAGUUAAUUCCUUGUUUUGUUUUGAGAAAAAGCACCCUAUUAUUUUACAGUCCACUCAUAAAUUUACAAAAUUACUUUUUGAAUUUGAACAUAUAAGGUUAAUGCAUGCAGGCCCACAAUUGAUGUUGGCUUCUAUUAGAGAUUCGUACUGGCCUAUAGGCGGACGAAAUUUAGCGAGGAGUUGUUAUCGUAAGUGUGUACGUUGCUGUCGCAUAUCAGGUAGAACAGUUAGUCCUAUAAUGGGCAAUUUACCACAGCAGCGUCUCCUUCCAGGCGGUUACCCCUUUCAGUGCACUGGUGUGGACUAUGCUGGUCCCAUCAUGGCUGCUAGUCGGCAAGGUCGCGGAUGUAAGCUGAUAAAAGUGUACAUUGCAAUUUUUGUAUGUUUCACCACUAAAGCUAUCCAUUUGGAGCUGGUGAGUGACUUAACGAGUAAUAAGUAUUUACUAGCAUUAUUUCGAUUUAUUUCGCGACGGGGAAAGCCCGAUGAUAUUUAUUCCGAUAACGGUACCUCAUUCGUAGGGGCCUGCAAUGAACUUUCGAAGUUUCUUAAAACUAAUUGUGAUUCCUUGAGCGAACAAUUAGCUAAUGAUGGUAUCAAAUUCCAUUUUAUCCCUGCGUAUAGCCCUCAUUACGGCGGUCUUUGGGAAGCGGGUGUUAAGUCAACAAAGUUCCACCUUAGGCGAGUGUUGGGAAAUUGUAACCUUACGUUUGAAGAACUUAACACCACAUUAGUCCAGAUUGAGGCAAUAUUAAAUUCACGUCCACUGACGCCUCUGUCUUCCGAUCCAGCAGAUUGCACCCCAUUGACUCCAGGACAUUUUUUGAUAGGCCGGCCUCUUACUUCACUUCCACGGCAUGAUAUCAAGGACCAUUCCACUGCUUCAUUAUCACGUUUCCAACGAAUAGAGCAGCUACGCCAGCAUUUUUGGGCUCGUUGGAGUAAGGAGUUCGUGUCUGAGUUGCAGCACAGAACCAAGUGGCAAAAGGGCAACGAUACACUGAAGCUGGGUGCAUUGGUCGUCGUAAAGGAAGAUCAUCUACCUCCUCUCAAAUGGCGAUUGGGAAGAGUCAUUGCCGUCCAUCCUGGAUCAGAUGGAAUUGUUCGGGUGGCAGAUAUCACCACAUCUGUUGGAGUCAUACGAAGAGCUUUCAAUAGGAUUUGCCCUCUACCCGUCGACGCAGAGUUUGGUUGA